AUGAGCACUAGAGGUACUCGUGGCAGAGGCCACGGCAGAGGCCGUGGUGGUGCUCGGGCUGGGUCUUCAUCUUCUGGACACCAGCCUAACGAAGAAGUUAGAGAAGCACCAGUUUCACCUAUGGAUGAGACAGGGUCUCAAGACCAAGCAGCUGGGGACGAUGCACUAUCCCAAGCAAUGUUGAGGAUUCUAGAAAGGCUCGUUAGGCUUGGUUCUGGUAAUAUGGGUCGUGGAUCGGUUACAAAACGACUCAGGUCUAAUGGGGCAGAAAUAUUUAGGGGUAUCGAUGGAGUUACCCUGAAUGUAGCUGAAUAUUGGAUUGAUGCUACAGAAAGAAUCAUGGAUGACCUUGACUGCACCCUUGAUCAAAAGCUAAAAGGUACAGUAUCUCUUUUGAGGGACAAGGCCUAUCAGUGGUGGCUUACCAUCAAUGACGGCACUCAAGCUGAUCGUUUGACCUGGGAGGUUUUCAAGACUACUUUCCAGGCUAAGUAUGUGGGUGCCAGCUAUGUGGAUGCCUGUAGAAGGGAAUUUCUAAAUUUAACUCAGAGAGUUAAGACAGUGGCUGAAUACGAGGCUGAAUUUUUACGACUGAGUCGUUUUGCACGUGAGAUGGUUGCAACAGAGUACGAGCAGUGUGUUCGAUUUGAAGAUAGCCUCAGAGAUGGUUUAAAGGUUCUAAUAGCUCCUCAGAGGGAGUGA